UCCUCAACCAUUCUCUUCUCGUUUCUCUUUUAAUUUUAAGAUAUAUUUGCUCUUCAAAGGAUAAAUUUCAGUCAACGCAUCGACACGUAGCGAGUGCCUCGACUUGAAUAUCGACAAAAAUGGCGGCUUACGACCAAAGUCAACCCGACUACAGCACACCCGAAGGGCAGCAGGCGUAUUGGGCCUAUUAUCAACAGCAACAACAACAACAACCAGGAGGUCAACCUGAUCAGGAUCCGUACGCCGCUGCUGCUUAUGGAGGCCACGACCAAGCACAACAACCGCAAAAUCCAUAUGCACCACCACCACCAGGAGCGGAUCCAUACGGCCAAGGAUCCGGAGGCCAAUCCGGAGGAUCUGACCCCUACGGGCAAAGUAGAGGUGGCGGCCGUGGAGGAUUCGGAGGCAGUCGUGGAGGAGGUGGAUAUGAUGGUGGACGUGGCGGAAGUCGUGGAGGAUACGACGGAGGACGCGGAGGUUACGGCGGUGAUCGCGGAGGACGUGGUGGUGGUAGAGGUGGCUACGACGGAGAACGCCGAGGUGGGAGCCGAUGGGAUGACGGAAACUCUGAUCGACAGAGGACCCCGACGUGACGGACCACCAAGUGGAGGAGGAUACGGAGGCGGUGGUGCUGCUUCAGGAAACCGCGAAUUCGGAUCCGAUGGGCGAGUUGAGUUGAAGGAGACCGUCUUUGUGCAGGGAAUUUCCACCACUGCAAAUGAAGCCUACAUCGCCGACGUCUUCAGUACCUGCGGAGAUAUUGCAAAGAACGAUCGCGGACCGAGAAUCAAGAUUUACACCGAUCGCAACACCGGAGAACCAAAAGGAGAAUGCAUGAUAACAUUCGUCGAUGCUUCUGCAGCUCAACAAGCUAUAACUAUGUACAAUGGGCAACCAUUCCCUGGCGGCUCAAGCCCGAUGAGUAUUUCACUAGCCAAGUUCCGCGCUGAUGCAGGAGGUGAACGAGGUGGUCGUGGUGGACGAGGCGGUUUCGGAGGUGGUCGUGGUGGUCCUAUGGGAGGACGUGGUGGCUUUGGCGGUGAUCGUGGAGGAUAUGGCGGCGGCGGUGGUCGUGGAGGAUUCGAUGGUGGUCGCGGUGGUGGCGGUGGAUUCCGUGGCGGAGACCGAGGAGGAUUCCGAGGUGGUGAUAGAGGAGGCUUCCGCGGAGGAGAUCGUGGAGGAUUCCGAGGCGGCGACCGUGGUGGCGAUCGUGGAGGAUUCAGAGGAGGCCGUGGAGUAGGUGGCGGAAAUGCUAAUAUGGAACAAAGGAAGAAUGACUGGCCAUGUGAGCAGUGCGGAAAUAGCAACUUCGCUUUCAGAAGAGAAUGCAAUCAAUGCCAAGCCCCGAGACCAGAUGGAGGAUCCGGAGGUGGUGGUGGCGAGCGACGAGGAGGACCACCAGGAGGUGACCGAUACCGUCCAUAUUGAGCCAUCAACUCGUCUCCCCAUAAAUUUUAACAUCUAAUUUAAAUUCUCUGAUCUCUUCAAUGUGAGAGACUUGUAACAAUUUUAUAUCCACCUUUAUAUUCUACUUCGAUACAUUCAAAUUUCAAUGUUCUUUUUAUAUUUCAUUUUUUCCCACUUUUUAUUUUUAACGAAAAUAAAAAUUUUUGCACAUUAA